AUGUCUGGUCUCAAGAUCACAGAGUUCUCCGUUCAUGACAUUCGUUUCCCCACCAACGUCACUGGUGAUGGUACCGAUGCCAUGAACAAAGAGUGUGAUUACUCUGCUGCUUACAUCGUACUCAAGACCAACUCUGACCUCAAAGGUCAAGGUAUGACAUUUACCAUUGGUAGAGGUAACGAUAUCGUGUGUUAUGCCAUCGAACAGAUCGCCAACCGAAUCGUCGGUAAAGAAUUGGAUCCUAUCUUCAAUGAUAUGGGUGCUUUCUUUGAUUUCCUCGUAUCUGACCCUCAACAUCGAUGGUUGGGUCCCGAGAAAGGUGUAAUCCACCUCGCUACAGCAGCAGUCAACAAUGCUGUAUGGGAUCUGUUAGCCAAACACGAGAAGAAACCAUUAUGGAAAUUGGUUGUUGACUGGACACCAGAACAAUUCGUCAAAGCCACUUCAUUCCGAUACAUCACCGAUGCCAUUACUAAGGAAGAAGCUUUAGCUCUCCUCAAAGAGAAAGAAGCCGGUAAGAAGGCAAGAGAAGAGGAAGUUAUCAAGAAAGGUUAUCCUGCGUACACCACUUCGGUCGGAUGGUUAGGUUACUCUGAUGAGAAGGUUGUGAGAUUGACUAAGGAAGCUUUGAAUCAAGGUUUCAACCAUUUCAAGCUCAAGGUCGGUGCUGAUCCCGAAGAUGAUCUCCGACGAGGACGACUCAUUCGAUCGAUCAUCGAUGACAAAGCCAACUUACCUGCUGGUCGAGUGAUUGAACCUCGAACUAUUGAAGGGAAGAAUGCCGGUCCAGCAGGAUGUGUCUUGAUGGUAGAUGCCAAUCAGGUAUGGGACGUCCCUCAAGCUAUCGAAUAUAUGAAAAAGCUCGAACCCCUCAAACCAUGGUUCAUCGAAGAGCCCACCGCUCCAGAUGACGCAGUGGGUCACGCUGCUAUCCGAAAAGCCCUCAAGGAGAUAAACAUCGGUGUGGCUACCGGUGAACAUGCCCAUAAUCGAAUGGUAUUCAAACAAUUGUUACAACUUGAUGCUAUAGAUGUCUGUCAGAUCGAUUCAUGCAGAGUUGGAGGUGUGAACGAGUUGUUAUCUAUCAUGCUUAUGGCUGCCAAAUAUGGUGUACCCGUUUGUCCACAUGCAGGAGGUGUCGGUUUAUGUGAAUAUGUCAUCCACUUAUCGUUGAUUGAUUAUAUUUGUGUGUCAGGUGAAAUGGAACGAAACGUCUUGGAGUUCGUAGACCACUUACACGAACACUUCUUGUACCCCGUAUCUAUCAACUCUCAAGGUCGAUACAACGUUCCAUUAGAUCCUAAAGGUGGAUACUCCAUUGACAUGUACGAGCAAUCGAUGAAGGAGUACACUUACCCCGAAGGUUCUUAUUGGGUUGCAGCCGCAGAAGCUGAAAAGAGAGGUGAAGCUCCUCCUAUCCCAAAACAUCUGUAA